GCGGGCUUAUUUUUGUUGUUCGAGUGUUACUUCGGCUCUUCGGGUGACCUUCUGCGAUUGUCAGUCGUUUCCUUUUUGUGUUACAUUCCAGAAGUAAAAUUGAAAUGAGUUUAAGUGAUACACCAAAUCCACUGGUCGUCGAAAACUUUAUUGGAGGAAGUUUCGUCAAGUCCAGCAAAUAUCUUGACAGCUUCGACCCAUCUACAGGGGAAGUUUGGGCGCAAAUCCCCGACAGUGAUCCGACAGAGGUUGACGAUGCCGUUCAGCACGCAAGGAAUGCAUUUCCCAUGUGGUCAAAGACAACAGCAGCAGAGAGAGCCAAAAUACUUAUUAAAAUAGCUGAUUCCAUUGAAGAGAAUCUCGAUAAACUUGCUCAAGCUGAAUCAAAAGACCAAGGAAAGCCAGUUAGCCUGGCAAAAAGGAUGGACAUUCCAAGAGCAGCACUAAAUUUUCGAGCAUUUGCUGAAUCCAUUUGCCACCACCUCAAUAUAUCAAAUUGUAUACCUGAAAUGGGCUGCAUGAAUUACACAGUGAGAAAUCCUGUAGGAGUUGCUGCAUUGAUAAGUCCUUGGAACCUACCAUUAUAUUUGUUAACAUUCAAGAUUGCACCUGCUCUGGCUUCAGGUUACUUUAUAUUGCCCUUGCCUCUCUUUAUUAUUCUCAUGCUGUUCUCAAAUUAUAACUAUAUCGAAAUAGGAAAUUGUGUUGUGUGUAAGCCGAGUGAGAUUACGUCUGUUACGGCCUGGAUGCUCUGUAAACUUAUCAAAGAUGCUGGAUUGCCGAAUGGAGUACUUAACAUGGUAUUUGGAACUGGUUCCAAGGCAGGAGAAGCCUUAAUUAAUCAUCAAGGCGUCAAUGUUAUUUCAUUUACUGGAUCUACGAACGUGGGGCGUCAUAUAGGUCAAGUUGCCGCCAAGAGUAUUAAAAAAGUCUCACUUGAGUUAGGAGGAAAAAAUGCCGGAAUAAUUUUUGAAGAUGCAGAUUUAUCAAAAGUUGUGCCAGCUACAAUAAAUUCAUGCUUCCUCAAUCAAGGAGAAAUUUGUCUGUGUACUUCAAGAGUCUUCGUGCAACGCACAAUUUUCGACGAAUUUGUUCAACGUUUGGUGAAAGAAACCAAAAACCUCAAAGUGGGUCCUCCGAUCGAAGAUGUUUUUAUGGGCCCAUUGGUUAGUCAGGUUCACUUGGAGAAAGUUCGGAGCUAUGUUGAAAUAGCUCGAAAAGACGGAGCGCGUAUUCUUUGCGGCGAAUCCGUUGAUGAACUUUCUCUGCCAGCUCCGUAUCAAAAGGGAUAUUUUAUUCGACCAACCAUCAUAACUGAUUUGUCAGAUUCUUCAGCUUGCAUGCAAGAAGAAAUUUUCGGUCCAGUAGUGUGCUUGUCUCCCUUUGACUCAGAGGAGGAAGUCAUUGAACGAGUCAACAACGUGAAAUAUGGACUUUGCAGUGCGAUAUGGGGUCAGAAAGGUGAUCGAUUGCUGCGAGUUGCUCAUCAGCUUCACGUUGGCACUGUUUGGAUUAACUGCUGGCUCGUUCGCUCUUUGGAUAUGCCUUUUGGUGGAAUGAAAGAAAGUGGAAUUGGACGAGAGGGGACUUCUCAUUCUCUGGAAUUGUACACUGAAGAAACAACGAUUUGUUAUAAAUUUCAAUAAUUAAAAUGACAUAUUUAGUCAUGUUGUAGCUAGUUAUUACAGGUUUACCUGUAAAUAUAUUUACUAAUGUCAUUUUUUUUAUAAUGACAUUUUUAUUAUAAUACAUUUUAUCUGUGAACCUUU